GCGUGGCGGGGAGCGCUGUGCUGUGAGUACAGAGCAGAAGUGUCCACAGUGGCAGCUGCCAAAGAGAUGCAGGAGGCUGCGGCCGCAGGCAGGGGGGACAGUGAGGAGGUGGCGCUGGUGGCGGGCGACACGCGUCUCCAGGCAGGCGGGAGCCCCGUGUUGGCCUCCACGUUCCAGCACGACACGCUGGAGGCCAGCGGCGGAGAGGUCACGGUCCCCGACGUGGAGGGUCCGGCACUCCAGGAGCUGCCGGCCUACGUGUAUUCCCUCCGGCCCCCCCGGCUGUCCAGUAUGGCCGCCCUACUGGCAGCUGCGGACACCGACUGUGUCCCGGGGCUGAAGGGAGACUGUGAGCGGGAGCUGGCCGCUCAGCUGACAGUGGAGAACGCGGCAGCCACAGCGGUGCUGGCAGUCGGGCACUCGUGUCUCAGCCUUGCGGAGGCCGCUGUCGCCUUCAUAAAGGCCAACUUGCAGGUGUUAGCCACACAGGGCUGGGCCGAUGCAGUCCUCAACCACCCUGAUGAAGCGGUCGAAGUGAGUCGGCUGCUCGGUGAGCCGUCGGCAGACUACAGAUGCCUUCCCGGAAAGGAGUGUGGCAGGAGGCUGAUCGAGGCAGCUAAGGAGGGGGCAGUGGGGGAGCUGAGGGCGCUUCUGGCGGUGGGUGCGAAUGUGGAGGCGAGGGACGAGGACAUGUGGACUGCCCUGCACUGGGCGGCAGCGAGGGGACACGAGAAUGUGGUGAGGUGUCUGGUGGAGGGUGGGGCGGACGUCGAAACCAGAGACAGCAGGGGGAACACACCCACGCACUGGGCUGCAUACCGCGGCCACGCGGCUGUGGUGCGGCUACUGGCCGCAUCCUCUGGUGACCCCGACGCCAAGGACGUUUACCGGCGGACGCCGUUGCACUAUGCAGCGAGGCAGGGCCACGCAGAGGUGGCGGCUGUGCUGCUCGAUGUGGGGGCCGACAGAGGUGCCUGGGAUGAUCACGGACACAUACCUCUGGACCUAGCCAUGCAGAACAGAGAGCAGCAGCUUGCAGAUAUGCUAUCAUGAAGCAUGCAAUCCAAAAAAUUCUUUUGCUAUAACAUUUAAACACAUCUCUACAUUUAUUGUGUAUAAUUUUUCAAUAAAGAAUGUAAAAAAUUAA